UUUCCUUUUGGAGCGAGGACUGUCUCUCGUCGCUAAGAGUUUGUACUGGCCGCGGACUCCGAUCUCAUCGGGGAAUCGACGCCUUGUACGCCAUCCGUGGCGGGGUUAGGGUUUCGGUUCUUUACGAAUGAUUGCCGGCGAAUCCUGUGUUGUUAGCGUUCUUUGUGUUUUCUGAGAUCUAACCGUCGAUAUUGCAUCUUGCGUUUUCCUUCCGGAAGUGGAGGGUCGAUAGGUUCUCCGAUCUCCGGCCUUAUGAACAGGAAGAAGAGGAACAGGCGUCCUCCGGCCAUCUUUUUCUUUUUCCCCUUGUAUUAUCCAUGAUUCCCUCGUAUCUUUUGAAGAAUCGUGCAAUUCUGUUGGUAGUUUGGAGUUUUUGCUUUUCGGUAUAGCAAUGGAGGCUGUGAGGAGGAAGAGAAAAGGGACCAAAUCUUCUUUUAUCCUAGGAUCGCACCUUUCGGAUGGCGGUGAUAACGAUAGGCAAUGCAAGAAAAAGUGUAUGGAGGGAUCGCGGCCGGCUAAGUUGGGGCCUCGAGAUGGCGGUGCUGCCCCCGGCGUCGUGAUGACGGCGCCUCCAUCUGGUAGGUCGGCAUCGGCGUCUCCUUGCCGUGGGAUUAAGCGGAAGCUUGGCUGCAUCGAAUCGGUCACUCGGAUCGGACGUAAGAAAAAGCUGGAGCAGGAGUACAUUCUUGACCGGGAGAUCGGGCAAGGGAGGUUUGGAUCUGUGCGAUUGUGUAGGAGCAGGGUCAGUGGGGAGCAAUUUGCCUGCAAGACGCUUCCCAAGAAUGGCGAGGAAACUGUUCACAGGGAGGUGGAGAUCAUGCAGCAUAUAUCGGGCCACCCUAAUGUGGUAACACUGAAGGCUGUUUUUGAUGAUUCUGAAUGUGUGCAUUUGGUGAUGGAACUUUGCUCGGGAGGACGGUUGCUGGACCAAAUGGUUAAGGAAGGGAGGUAUUCGGAGCAGAGGGCUGCAAAUUUGCUCAGGGAUCUGGCCUUUGUCAUCAAAUAUUGUCAUGACAUGGGAGUUGUGCAUAGGGAUAUUAAGCCAGAAAAUAUUCUUCUAACAGUGUCAGGGAAGAUGAAGCUUGCAGAUUUUGGAUUGGCGGUGAGAGUUGCAAACGGUCAGAGACUGUAUGGAAUUGCUGGAAGUCCCGCCUAUGUUGCCCCCGAAGUCCUUUCAGGUCACUAUUCUGAGAAAGUCGACAUUUGGGGUGCAGGCGUUCUUCUUCAUGCCCUCUUAGUCGGUUCUCUUCCAUUCCCGGGAACCUCGCGUGAAGCUAUAUUUGAGUCCAUUAAAACGAUGGAGCUGAAUUUUCACGGUGAAAUAUGGGACUCUGUAUCUCUUCUUGCACGGGAUCUAUUAAGUCGAAUGCUCACCAGAGAUGUUUCCUCAAGAUUGGUAGCAGACGAAAUUCUAAGACAUCCCUGGAUUCUGUUCUACACAGAGUGUCCUCCCAGGCUAAUUACAAGCAACCCAAGAAUCCGAAUUAGGAGUGCGGCGGCACCCAGAAUCGAUUGCGGGUAUUCGGAUCCGAGGUCCGACGACGAGCAAGAUGAAUGUGGUGGUUUUGUCGAUGCUCUCGCGGCGGCGAUAUCGAGGGUGAGGAUAUCGGAGCCGAAGAGGAGUCGGCUUUGCGUGCCCGCCGGCCAAAUUCCACAGGAGUGCUCAUCUAACAUGAAGGCUAAUAAUCUCUGUACAGCCUUUUGACCGGUCACUGGUGUAUAGUAAUCGAAGCUUCCAACUGUGAGUGAGUAUUGAAUUGACCACAUAAGAGUUUCUUUCUAGCUUAUUAGAAUCCAACAGGGGGGGUUGGGUUGGGUUGGGUUCUCUGAUUUUAUGAUAUUCUAACUCUAAUUUGCAGCCAAUUAUCUUUUCACUUGAACAUAACUGAAGUGCUUUACUCUACCUACCGUAGCGAACUAGCAAUGUAAAUUUGUGUAAAUAAGGGGUUGUGUACUGCUGCUUCCUGAUUAUUAUUUUGUAGCCAAUUAUCUUUUCAGUUGACAACGUAAGUUGUUUAUUUUAGCCUCAA